UUCAUCAUUGGUUUACCGUUGACUCAACAAAAUGCCACGUGGAUGAAGAACUGAAGAAGAAUCGAACAAGCAGAAACGUGAAGGGGGGGAGAAGAUAGAAGAAGCCCUCUCAGCGUCUUCUCUAGUUCUCUCCUCCUCCACCAUUCAAACUGAUCGGAGCUAUAAUUCGUUCGAUCAUCUCUCGUGGGUUUUCCUUUAUCUGUUUCCCGCGUUAGAUCUAUGGCCGUUUUAGUUGAAAGAUUUGCUCGCAGAGACGGAAGCGAACAAUCUGGGUCGGUCGAGCAAGAAGGUUCCAUCAAUGGAUCUCCAGAGGUCCGGCACGAGAUGGUCGCAGGUCGUGGGGUUGAAGCAAUUGUUAAUAGUCUGAGCAAAUGGGUUGUGUCUAUUCUGUUUGCUUCCAUCAUUCUUCUGAGGCAUGAUGGUACAGCCUUGUGGGGAAUCAUUGGAUCCGUUUCGAAUUCGGCUCUUUCCGUGGUGCUGAAGCGUAUACUUAACCAAGCGAGACCUGCUACAACCUCGCGAACUGAUCCCGGGAUGCCAUCUACUCACGCCCAGUCUAUCUCUUUCAUAUCUGUGUUUGCUGUUUUGUCUGUUAUGGAAUGGCUUGGAACCAGUAAAGUCUCUCUGUUCCUUAGCUUCCUUAUAAUCGCGUCGGGUUUAUAUUUUAUACGGUUAAGGGUUUCUCAGAAGCUUCACACAAGCAGUCAAGUUGUUGUUGGUGCAAUCGUGGGUUCUGUUUUCUGCAUCUUCUGGUACACAAUGUGGAACUCGCUUCUCCUUGAAGCCUUCGAGUCAUCUCUAGUACUCCAAAUAUCUGUAUUUCUGGUUGCAGCUGCACUUACGCUAGCUUUUGCAACCCAUGUUGUACUUAACUGGUUCAGAAACGAUAAAUGAGCAAAAAAAACCUUGCUCAAAAUUGUACUCCUAA